AAAGGGGAAACGGAUAACUGAAUUAGAAGCUCUGCCUCUUUCUAUUGCCAAUUCCUCCGUUUCUCUUCAAAGCUUUGCAUCAAUGGCUCGUCUUGCGAACUUAAACGGUGUCUCGGAGAAGUUCUCCGCCAUUCCCAAGCUUUCGAAGCUUCAAAAGACUCGUAAGAGAUCGAAAAUAAUGGGGCUUCUCGAGAAACAAGCGGAGGUUUCCUCUCAUGAAGUCUCAUUGACAAGAAGAUUAGCUCUUACCAGUCUCACAUCUGUCGCUCUCUUUGGCAAUGCAUCGGUCGAGAUCGCUUCUGCUAACGAGUACUGGCUCGAUGGCCCUCUGCCAAUCCCUUCUGUUUAUAACAACAUAGCGAACGAGAAAACAGGUACUCGAUCGUUUUUGAAGACGGGGAUUUACAUAGCUAACAUAGGGACGGAAGGGAGAAAAUACAGAUUGAAGAGAUAUGCGUUUGAUCUUCUGGCUAUGGCGGAUUUGAUUGGGAAAGAUACUUUGAACUAUGUGAGGAAAUAUCUUCGACUCAAAUCGACGUUCAUGUACUACGAUUUCGACAAUGUUAUUUCGGCAGCAGAAGACGGUGAGAAGCAGCCUCUCACCGACUUAGCAAACCGAUUAUUCGACAACUUCGAGAAGCUUGAAGAUGCAGCAAAGCAGAAGAAUCUGAGUGAAACUGAAGCUUACUAUCAACAGACAACGCCUAUACUUCAAGAAGUUAUGGAUAGAAUGGCAUAAACUGUGGAAGUUUUUGAGAAGAUUAAGGAUCAGUUUCCUUUUUUUUCCACUGUUCUUCUGUUGUUCUUGUUUAUAAUUCGAUUCGAUUUUGCAUCCAUAUAUAAAUGUGGCGUAACGAUGCAAUAAUAGUGGUUCGAGUGUUUAAUCUUAGUUCAACAA